CUUUGCUGUGAGCGUGGCGUUGAUGUACAGUACAGUGUUGCUCGGCUGACUCAGCGUUUUAUACAAUUGGGCGGUAGAUUCUUCUGGAGCUACAUCAAGCAUAAAAGGCAGCACGCCAGUAGGGAGAACAACAGAAAUCAAAUAACUGUGACCAUGAACGGAAAGAUCAUCUUCUACGAGGACAGGAACUUCCAGGGCUGCUCCUAUGAGUGCAGCAGCGACUGCUCCGAGCUCUCCUCCCACCUGAACAGGUGCAACUCCUGCAGGGUGGAGAGUGGCAUGUUCAUGGUGUACGACCGGCCCAACUACAUGGGCCACCAGUACUUCCUGAGGAGGGGAGAGUACCCUGAGUACCAGCACAUGUUAGGCUUCAACGACUGCAUCAGGUCUUGUCGUAUGAUCCCCCAGCACAUGGGCCAGUUCAGGAUGAGGAUCUACGAGAAGGAGAACUUCGGAGGCCAGAUGCACGAGGUGAUGGACGACUGUGACUCCAUCCAGGAGCGUUACCAUAUGCCCGAGAUGCAGUCCUGCAACGUGAUGGACGGCCACUGGGUCAUGUACGAGCAGCCCCAAUUCAGAGGCAUGCAGACCUACCUGAGGCCUGGGGAGUACAGGAACACGAGAGAGAUGGGAAUGGGAAAUGAUGAAAUGAGGUUCCAGUCCAUGAGGCGCAUCAGCAGCGAUGCUGCCUUUUAAAUGUGCUGUCUUUAAAGAGUGUAACGACUUUUUAAUAAACAUUUUAAAGCUUA